AAUCAAGAAAGCCGGAGAGGCAAAGGAACGUGGGUCAGGGUGGGCAGAAGCAGGAAAAGAAACCCCGGAGGCAUGAGAAAGCUGCCCCUGUCGAGGGGGGCGAGUCCGGCUUGGGCCGUGGCCCCGCCCACUGAGGGGUGUGGCCUCUGAGCAGGAGGGUCUGGAGGGGAGGGGGAAGAGGUGCGGGGGAGCGAGCAAGUAGUUUGUCCUCAGCUGCAGAAAGGUAAGCACAGCCGGAUUCCCCCGGGCGCUCCCGAAGAUCCCCCUUUCCUUUAAUCGCCAGGGACCCAGCUUUAUACAUAACUAUACCUAGGACUCUUUUCAUUUCAUGCUGUAUCUAGCUCUUCUUGCUCCCCUCGAUUCCCAAUGGGAACCGGACUACCUGCUUUACACACACACACACACACACACACACACACACACACACACACACACACACACACACAUUCCUGCGACAGUUACUUCUUCCUUCCUUCUCUUUCGCCCUCCCUAUCCUUGCACAGCCCUCGCCCAAUACCUCUGAGGAACAAAUCUUGUACCUCUGCUCCCACAGGCCUGCGAUCCCAAAUCUAAUAGGCUCUCCUUUCCCCCACCCUGUUCUUAGCAAGAUUCUUAAAGGAUCGCUACGUUCCUUCUUAUAUUCUAGUCUUUUCCGCGCUUCCCGGAAGGAUCCCAAGCCUGCUGUCCAGAGUCUCUUGCAGAGUAAGCGAGGCCUGCACUCCGCCUUCUCUUCGCCUAGGUUCCCUCUCGCUAUUGCUAAGGGAAAAAAAUCGGGACCCCUGUUCCUUCCUACUUAGAUACAGAAGAUUUCUAUGCAGUCUUCCUUUCAAGCUUCUCUAAAAUGCACCCAUCCGCCCUGCCACCUCUUAAAUGUUGCAGUCGGAAAGCUCCCGGCAGACCUCCCAUCUUACCCUUUCCCCUCCUUCAGCUGUUGCUGUUACUCAAGACUAAAUGCAAGCCUUCGAAAAGAUCAAGGGGUGGUGGUGGUGGAGAGGAGGCAGAAACUUGGACUCCUGGGUUCCUUAGAAGCAAAACGGGGGUGGGUUGGGGGGGCAAACACAGAGACAAAAACUUGGUUUAUAAUGGUUUAGAGAAGGUGGGCUGGGAGCCAGGACUCCCAAGUAGUCUGAGGUGGAAAAAAGGAGGGUUGAAAAGGAUUCCUGCAUUUAAGGGGCUUGGACUAGAUUGCCCCAACUCUACAAUUCUAGGAUCUGAGGAGGAAGGGGUUUUAUUUAAGUACAUUGAGAGAACUGGAUGCUUAGAAUUCUCACCAGUUACGGAGACCCUUCCAGGCAUGAUAGAAUAGUAGAACAAUAGAUACAAUAAUAGAUAAUAGAACAUGACCUUCUUUUUCUGAUUCCUCCAGGCUAGACCUAGACCUCCCCCGAAACCCCUUGUCCUCACUUUCAACCCCUGGGGCAUCAUGCCACUCGCCCGCAGCCUCUCAGUGACCUCCCUGACAGGAUUGGAGGACUGGGAUGAUGAACUCGACCUAGAAAAUGCCAUCCUUUUUGAGGUGGCCUGGGAAGUGGCCAAUAAAGGUAAGAUGUAAUGUCUUUUCAGGCUUCUUCUUUUUUUAAGGAAAAUGGUGGUGUUUGAUGGGCUCGAGCAGGUUGGCAAGUGGAAACCGGAAUGCCUGAGGUUCUUUUCUUUGGUGGGGGUGUUGCAGAAUUGGGACCAGUGGGUGAGCAUAAGGGGGGACUGGGAACACGCCUUGCUGAGAUAUUUGUAAGCAAAGUAAUGUUGAGUCCUGAAAGCCAAUAGCCUCCACCAGUUGGACUACAACUCUCAUCACCCCUAGCCAGCAGGACCAGUGGUCAGGGAUUAUGGGAACUGUAGUCCAAAAACAGCUGGAGACCCAAGUUUGGGGAACCCUGGCCUAGACGUUAAAGCAGGAGUGGAAGGCUUGCAGUCCUCUAGAUGUUGUUGGACUACAUUUCCCACCAUCCCUGGCAAUUAGCCACGCUGGCCAGGGAUGAUGGGAGUUGCAGUCCAGGAAUAUCAUUCUAGAGGGCCAUUGGUUCCCCAUCCCUGCUGGAAAGGGUAAAGGUAUCCUUCCCACAGCCUGAUGUCCUCUAGAUGUUGUCGGACCUGAGCUCCCAUCACCCCUGACCAUUUACUUUGUUGAUGGGAGCUGGUGUCCAAAACAUCUGGAGGGCACUUGUUUGGGGAACAGUGGUGUCGGAGGAAAGGAAGCUGAAAGUCAGGGAUCCUCUUUUCUCUGGGGUUCCCCUUCCUCCUAUAAUGGACCUCUGUGUUUCUUCCUUGCAAUCAACAGGUCUGGGAAGUAGCUUAGGCCUUAUUCCUCCUAUGACUGUGCAUGGCUCCUCCUAGCUAUAAAGCCUCCCCUUUUAUGUUAAUGCAAUAUGGGUUGAUGGGCGGCUGUAGUGCCCCGUUAUUCUGAGUGCUCCCAGUGCAGUCAGCUGUCAGAAUGUAGAAUGAUCACCCAGUGUGCCCUCUGGUUGAAUCAGUUGCCAUGUGUCUUGCUUCAGAAGUCCUGGUGCUCUUUUGGCAGGCUAUAAAGUGAUUAACAUGGGGUGCAAUGAUGUUGAAGGGAUGCAGCUGUGGUGCUGCUUGGACAAGGGGCAGUGGGCUUCGAUGGCGACUCCUUUCGAUCCUGGACACUUGCCAGCGCUGUCACUAUCCCGGAGGACCUGUUCCCAUGUGCGCUGUUAAGGACACGACCCUUUGGGAGGUUAAAGUUCUCCUGGCUUCUUCCCCAGAGUUUGAGCACGUGCCUUGCAUGCCCCAGCUAUAUUACCAACACAGAAAGGUUACACUCAACCUCCCCAUGUUCAUGCACGCACGCACACACACAGGUUACACUCAACAUACACACACACACAACCCCACACACCGUUCUGUUGCAUAAGGAACCUCUUGAAAUGUCACAUAGUCCUUGAAGUUGCUGCGUCCUUGUAUAAAUAGGCAACUGUUUAGAAGCAGGAGGGUGGCUGCUUCUGAAUGUCAGGUCAGAACCUUCCCUAUCCAGUGUCAUGAUUCAGCCACCUCACCUGGAAUCAUGCUGCCUAGGAACAAAAACCUGACUUCGGUUUUGAAGCAAAAUCAAGCUACUAGUCCUCACGGGAUUAUAAACAUGUAAAGCAACAUCUGCUCAAAGCAUGGUAACUAUUAAGAGCCUGUUGCAACUUCUGUUUGUUGGGGAAUUGAACUUCUGCAUCAUGUACUUCCUUUCUCCGCCUGCCCCAGUCACAUUAACCUAGUCUAUUCUCUCUUUCCUGUGUGCCUUUGGUUUUAAUGGUUACAUAUCAGGAAACGGCAGUAAUGUUUCUUUAAUAUGUGAGUUGCUACUGAAGGUACACUAUUCGUUUCUUCCCUUUUGUAGUCCAAGUUCCUUUCCCAUUUUAAAAAAAACCUCAGCAUCCCAGGUCUUGUAUCUGAAGAUGGUAUAUUCAAGAAGGGGCUGUUUUAGAUGACUUUCUGGGAAACUUCCAUUGGAUAUAGAAUUUGGAGGCCUAUCUUCUGAUGGUGGGUGGGUUGCCAAGAAAAUGUUACAGUUGUGCUCUAGCAUCAGUCCCGGCUCCACAUUGUCUUUUGGACACCAUUCAAGAUGCUAGUUUUAACUUGCAAAGCUUGCUGUUUUUCUUAGGACAUUCAAUGGAAGAUGGUCUCCAUUGUGACUAUUAGAUCAAGCACGAGCCAUGUCACCAAUGCAGCAGAGCCAGACGACAAAGGCACGUGGUAGCUAAUGAUGGAUCCUGAGCAAUUCUGGAAUUUGUUUAGGACAGGCUUUUGACACACUGGGCUAAGCAGGCUGAAGCAGUUUUAAUGGCUUUUUAUCUACCGUUUUACAUAACUGCAUUUUGCCUUAACUGUUUUGUUGGUGUGUUGUUGUUUUUUAAACAGUUGCUUCCACCAAGAUCCUUGGGGAUCUGAGAGGAGGCAGGUCUUAGAAACUGAAAUCUGCCAAAGACUGCAGUCCUAUGCAUGUGUAACCUGAGCAUAAGUGGGACUUGCUUUCAGGCGUAGUGUUGCACUGUGAUUUUGUAAAACAUAGUUGGAAUUUGUAUCUGAAUGUAUCCUAUGAAAUUCUUUGUGUGCAUGUGUCUCUUCCUAUAUGCAUAAAAUGGUAAUGCUGUUGUCAUGUAGGCAGCCUUGACAACUCCUAUCUGGUGAAUAGCAGGCAGCCAAGCAAGCAAGUGUGGGGGUGAUAGGUGGAUGGGGUGGGGGGAGGGGAGGGGAGGCACCAUCAGAGGCACAAUGAAAUUUGCUAAAUCUCUGUGUGAAGGACCUCCCCCUCCCCAUUAAGCACACCUUCACAUAGCGGUUUAGCAAGCUGCUCUAUGGGGUGGGGUAGGAGGGGAGGGGGAAGCUGAGGGGCAGGAUAAGUGAGGGACUGGGGUGAGAUAUAAAGGGAGGGGGUUGUUGUUCUGGGUGUAGGGGAAUGGUAUUUGGCCAAAGGGAUUGGGAAGUGGAAUGAGCAGGGGUGGCAGACCCUAGUUAAUAUAUACAUAUUUAUGUCCUAGUACACUCUGAAAUACAGCAAUUGUACCGUAUAAGAUCGCAGCUUGGAGUUACUAGGAAGCAUGUGCCAGAAGAAUAUUGGAGCAAAUCAGCUCCUGAAAGUCUGGAAGGUGUAUCAAUAUUAAGUACUUCUUCCAUUAUCUCAAAGUAGGGCUUGCAUAUAUUUGUGGAGUGAUGAAUACAGAACACAGUGCCUUGGCGUCAUGGUCAUGGGGAUGAAUGAAACUGGGGUUGUUCAAGGCACAUAAGCAUCAGAGCUAUCAAUGUCUAGUAGCUGGGAUGGAGGCAAUGCUCUUUCUCUUCUAAAUACCAGUUUCUGGAACCCACAAGAGGGGAGAUUGUUUUUGUGAUCAGGCUCUGCUUGCAAGAUUCCCACAACCAACUGGUUGAGCCACUGAACAGAAUGCAGGACUCUUCUUAUGUUUAGGGCACCUCGGUUGUCCAGGUAGUGUACAGGAUGAAAUUGGUCAGCAUUGUCCUUCAGGGCCCUCAGUUUGCAGCCAUCCAGCUGAGGUCUUGCCUGAGGCCAAAUUGAGCAGCAGUGCACCCAUAAAUUCCAUGUGAGAUGCCUGCAUUUAUCCAGCCCCAAAAUGGCACCUGCUCCUUAUAGAAGUGAUGCCCCAGGCCCUUGUAUCCUGCAGUGCUGAUUUUCUGGCCAAGCCUUUUCACCUACAUUAUUCAUGUAGGUGGUUUUCCUCCCUUCUUUUCGAUUUACUAGCUUGGAAAGGGAUGCAGCGAGCCAAGAUGAGAUGCACAUUUGACAGAGGCAGCCAGGACCAUAGGUAGGCGAAGUGGCUUGCAAGUGAUGCCAGAGUUCGUGCUCUUUCCAGGAAGAGAACUGGCGCCUAACUGGUUAUAAGAGAACAAUUAGUGCCAGGAAUCUUGGAGCAAGUGUAUGGCCUCCUUAAUUUUCUCGGAUCUGCAGAGUCAGAGUGAAGUACUUUGGGGCAACUCCAAACUGAAAGACCUAAAGGUUUGAUCUGCGCAUCUCCUAGGCUGCUGGGGUGGAGCUUGCAUCAUUCCAGUUUUCCUUGGCAAAUCCCAGAACCCCAAAAGCCUUGGUGAGCAGACGCAAGGGUAUCUCAAAGCUUCCUUUUUGUAUGUGUUCUUCAGUUAUAAUGUUGAAAUGGGAACCCAUUCAGAAGAGGUGUGCAUCGUGUAGCUGCUUGUUCACCACCCCUGAAUGAAUUCUGCCUCAGACAUUGCUAUGGAAGUGUAGCACUACCCUACUGCAGGAAUGGGGAACCUGUGCCCUUGAGAUGCUGUUGGACUCCUGUUCCCAUCAGCCCCAGCCAGCACGGCCACAGAUUGGGGAUUAUGGAAGAUGUAGUCCAGCAACAUCUGAAUAGCCAUAGGAUUCCCAUCCCUACCCUAAUAUCUGUACCUAAACCUAAGUAGAUGUAACUGAAACAGUUGUGUAGUCCUAACCUACUUACUUCUGCUUAUGGCACUGUUUAAGUAAGUGCAUCUCUAUGGCAUCCACGAAUUCAUGUUCCUCACCAUGAUUUAUCCUUUCUCAAUGAUGACUUGGAGCCAAACGUGAGCUGCCCCUACUGAGAACCAUUCUGCUCGACCUGCAGUUCACAUGUGGAAAUUGUUGUGCUGUGCCACAGACAUCCAUUGGGAGCAUGCAUGAGCCAACCUCCCCUUAAUGUUUCUGACUUAAUGUUGGAAUGCUUCCAUUUCUGAUUAAGGAUCUAGCGAAAGUAGGCUGUUGCAUUGCACAAGGGCUUUUCCUAUCGAAGGGAAAUAGUGUUAGUAGGUUACUGUAAAGCACUGAAAUAGGUUCACUGAGGAACAUCCAAGCAGUACAACCACAGGAGUACAGGAAGAAUUCUGCUGGAUCAGAUCUAAAGACCUGCCUGGUCCAGCAUCCUAGUUCCUGCAGUAGCCAGGCAGGUGUUUCUGGGAAUCCUACGCAAGAGCCUGAAAAAAUGCCCCUCCCUUCUUGUUGUCCUCCAUUGUGGAAUGAAUGUUCAAACUGGAUAUACCCAUUGUGACUAAUUGCCACGAAUAGACCUAUCCUCCAUGAACUGCUUAGCCUGAUUAAGAAGCGAUACGAUAGCCAUUUUCAAAUAUUUGAAGUGCUGUUACAUAGAUGAUAGAGCAAAUCUGUUGCUUGGGUGGGUGCAACCGAAAAUCUAACAUUCGAAUUACAAGAAAGGGGAUUUCAAAUAAAAGCUGCUUCUGGAGAACUCUCCUUCACUAGGAGUUUUUAAAGCAGAGGUUGAAGCUAAGGAGGGAUGCUGAAGCAGUGGAUUUUCUGCAUUGGCAGGGGGUUAAACUAGGUGACCUUUGAGAUCCUACUCAACUCUGAAUCUAUGAACUUCUCUAUCCAUGUUUGAAAGCCACCAGCCAUCCCUAUAUCAUGUCUUAGCGAAUCCCGUAACUUUACAUCGUGUGAAGAAGUGCUUCCUUUCAGCCUCUCGUCAAUCUACCACUGAUAACUUUCACAUUCAGCAUCCUAUGGUCACAAGCCAACCCAAUGCCAAGACCCCUGAAAGUGGACGAAACUCCCUCUUUGUGCUUGACCGCAUUGAUGUCUGGGAGCAGGUGGGUACCAGCCUAUAGGGGGUCAACUAAUGCCACAUCUUCUCUCCCUUCAGUUGGUGGGAUCUACACGGUUAUCCAGACCAAAGCCAAGAUUACACUGGAUGAGUGGGGAGAGAAUUACUUCCUGAUUGGGCCUUACUUGGAGCUGAAUGUCCGCACACAGGUAGAGCUCAUAGAGCCGCCCAACCCUGCCAUCCGCCGCACCAUUGACUCCAUGAACGCAAAAGGAUGCAAGGUAAGAAACGGGGGGGGGGCCAAAUUGGGCUCCACAGAGGCCAAAUUCUUGCAGCAGCACCUCACCUUCCUUUGAGGCAGAGACUGCAGCUCGGUGGUAGAGCACAUGCUGUGCAUGCAGAUGGUGCCAGGUUAAUCUCUAAUUAAAAGAAUCAGGCAGCAGGUGUCAGGACAGACGUCUUCCUGAGGCCCUGAAGAGCUGGUCAGAGUAGCACAUAUUGGGCUAGAUGAACAAGAGGUUUGACCUGAUAUAAAGCAUCUUCCUUUCUUCCUAACAGAGGGAGUGUCAUGUGACUGUGACUGUCAUGUGACUUUCAGUACUGUGCCUUUUCAGACCACAGAUGGGAGCCGACAAGACAGAAUUGCUCCCCCACGGAAAAAAAUAACAUUCCUACAUAUAGGAAGCUGGCAUGCCUAGGAUACAUCCAAUUUAAUUUUGCAGGACUUAAAAAAAAUAAUAAUCCGAUGAAGCACUUGUGAAGUUCUUGUGAGCCCCUUUCUGCAGUCUGAAGUGGCACAGUCUAGAACCUGCUUUGCCACCAUUGUUUGUGGUUAACGUCUCUCUACAUGAGGUUCCCUGGUCUAAAAUAAGGGCCUUUUCAUUUCCUCUAAUCGCAUCCUUAUUCCUCUUUUUCUUUAUUUGGAGUGUAUUGCUUGUCGCACACACACCCCAUUCCAGUGGCAGAGUGGGCCAUUUCACACCCCUAAGUGCAAGACACUUAUUUUAAAAUACAGUGAUACCUAUAGUUGCGGACUUAAUCCAUUUCGGGGUGCUGUUUGCACCCCGAAGAGUCCACAACUAGAGCACCUCUUCCGCACAUGUGUGCAGCACGAUCAAGCACUUCUGCACAUGCGCAUGUGGCUGAAAGUUCGUAACAAGAGUGGAACUCAACUAGAGGUACCACUGUAAAUAAAAGCAGAACCCAUCAGGAUGCUGAAUUUUGCACCCAGUACUAAGCUCUUUAUUUUAUCUACACUUGGGCAGAAUUGUGGAAUCCAAGCAGUCCAAAUAGCUAUCAGUUGGGGUCUCGUUUGCCUCUCUGGGUCGUGCCUGAAUCUAACAUUAUAAUGCAGAAAUCUCUAGCACAAAUUUUAAGUGAUUUUAUCCUUAAAAUUACAGGUACAGUUUUUAUUGCACCAGGGGUCAACAGCUGGGGCAUAACACAGAGAAAGAUACUCUUUGUGUUCAUCCCCCAAACAUUGUGGAGCUGCUCUGCGCUUUCAUUGCACAUUCCUUGUGGCAGCUGCUGCUGGCAUUGACGGCUGUCCACAAAACUGGGAGGACCCCCAUAGUAAGCAGUGCAAUUUAUAGGGGAUUCAGGACAGACAAAAGAGAAGUCCUCCUUCAAUUAGCACGCGAUUAACCAGUGGAAUUAUCUGCUGCAAGAUGCGAUGGAAUAUCCUGGCUUGGAUAGUUUUAGGUAAAUCUAAGGAGGAGGAGAGACCACUAAGCCACAACAACUAAAUGAGACCUAUCUUUUUAGAGACCCAGAUCUUACAGGGCAGAAAGGUCUGUUGCCGCCUUGCAUGUGAGCUUACUUGAAGCAUCUGAAUGGUCACUCGCUGCUGAUAACGGGAUGCCUUGGUCUGAUCUGUUUACAUUACAACUCUUAGCUUUGGAGGUGCUGUCACAUAGACACCAUUCUUGGCAACUUCCAUACGGUGGAUGUAACAUGCCUGCUUCUGGGGAGGGCACUGCAGGUAUUUAAAAUGUUUUGUUAAGCCAAAGUCCAGAAGUGAAAGAGAAAUAAUUAAGCUGCUUUCAUCAAGGUUUGUGGGUUUCUUUUAGCCCACAGCUGGCAGUCCUGUUCACUACUGCCCACUCUUACCUAAGCUCCCACUUAAGAAGUGCCCAGCCUUUGCCUGCAGGAGUUGUCUACUAGCUGGGCAACUCCCUCUCCUUCUCCCCCUCUCCCCCUUGCCUGCUUUGAACUGUUUUGGUGGCAUGCAGGGCCCUUCCUCACUCUCUGGCGACUCUGAUCUUGGAUGCUGUCUCUCAGUCUACAGGAGACAGGCACAAGUCACUUUUCACAUCUUGAGGGUCCUUUAAGCAUACUGUGUCCAUAGGAUUUCUAAUUCUUGUAGCCUUGGGGCCGGGGCAGAAAGUGGCCUCCAGGCCGCCUCUUCAUUCGCACACCUUAUGAGCUUCGCACCCUCCUGGAAUGCAUCUCUGAGCUCUGAUAAUGCAUCUUGCUUCCCUGGAUGGAGGAGAGAGAGGGGUUUCUGAGUGUGUGUGGAAACUAGCCUAGUGUACAAAGCUGAAACUUGAUUGCUCCUCUCACUUUUGCUUCAGGCCCAGCCCACUGCUGGCAUGUGCCCGUCCCCCCUGAAGGAAAUGUGGCCCUUGGGCUGACCAAGAUUCUCUACCCCGUCAUAGGACUUGAUUUCUAGGCCUGUCCUUCUCCCCAUAGUUAUGCUACUUUAAAAAAAAUCUGGUAGGAUAGGAGCUUGAUCCUCAAACUGUCUACCUGACUGGUGACAUCACCACCCUCUUUUAGGUAUUUGUGAUUAACUGGAAAAUUGGAAUUCUAAAGCCGUCUCAUUUUUUUAAAAAGCAGGAACACUAAACUGUAGUCAUGGUGGCUGGGGAUGCUCUGAACUGUGGUUUGGCCAGACCUGGAAUGAAGUUUGUAUUUAUAUAUAUGACGCCUGUUUGACUGGCUUGCCCCAGCCAUUCUGGGCAGCUCCCAACAAAAUAUUAAAAGCACAAUACAACAUCAACCAUUAAAAACUGUCCUGAACAAGACUGCCUUCAGAUGUCUUCUAAAAGUCUAAAAGUAUAGUGGUACCUCGGUUUACAAACUUAAUCUGUUCCGGAAGUUGGUUCUUAAACCAAAUCCAUUUUUAAACCGAGGCCAGCUUUCCCUAAUGAGGCCUCCUGCCACUGGUAUCCUUAUGUUCAGUUUCCAUUUGUAGAUCGAGGUAAAGUUUGCAAAUGCUACUUCCGAUUUUGCGGAGUUCAUAAACCGAAUCAUUUGUAAACAGGACUGUUCUUAAACCGAUGUACCACUGUAGUUGUUUAUUUCCUUGACAUCUGAUGGAAGGGCGUUCCACCAGGUGGGUGCCAGUACCGAAAAGGCCCUCUGCUGGUUCCCUGUGCUUCAUGUCUUGCAGUGAGGGAACUGCCAGAAGGCCCUCAGAGCUGGAUCUCAAUGUCCAGGCUGGACGAUGGGAGUGGAGAUACUCCUUCAGGUAUACUGGGCUGAGACUGUUUAGGGCUUUAAAGGUCAGCACCAACACUUUGAAUUGUGCUCAGAAACUUACUGGGCCAAGAGAGAGUAAAGAUGUGGUCAGGGCAGAGUGUGUGGCAAAAUGAGGAGAGAAGUGAGUUGAGUUCUGGCUCUUUCAGGACUUUCAAGUUUCUAAGCUCCUAUCUGCUGAAAACCUUGCUGUGACAGAACAAUCAGUUUGAUCAGAACAAUCAGUGUUUAAUUCUUCCCCAUAAGAUCCUGUUCAGCACCAUCUGCUUUUCUCCCAACACAGCUGGGUUCAUGCAAAUGGUUUCAAAAAGUAUAAGAAAGCAACUAAUAGAAGUAAUUAUUAUUCUUUGUUGCUAACCACCCCAUCCCUGACCACGAAGGCAGCUGGGCAUUUCUGUCCAGGCAGUUAUUUUGGGCAACUCUGAGAAGAACAACACCAGGCAGGCGAGACCUUUCACAAAAUGGAGGUGGGGGGGCGUAAUAUGAACCGCAGGCUAAAAUUAGACAUGCACAUACACAACACACUCUGCCUCGUGAAGCCGGUUGAGAGCGACAAAUGACACUGAGGCCCACUGAGUUCAAGAAGAGGGAAGAUGCCGGGAUGGAGGGACAGAGGGAAGGGACUGGUGGGAAGAGCAAUCUGGGUUAAAAAUGGAAGCCUGAGCUCCUUGGCUUCUUCCACAAAGGAAGGCAAGAGCUUGGAGGCUGCUCACCAGAGUUGAGAGGCUGUAAGGCCUGUGUUGCAAAGCGGCUUGGCAGAACAGACAGGAGGUGUAUAAGUUCUUUCAAUAGAUAUAUAGUUUGGCCAUAGAAGAUGAUGGUUACUCAUGUGCAGAGGGCUGAUGGGAGUUGUAGUCCAAGACUGCCUCUUGUGCAAUUCUGUGAAGAAUUUGAUGGCCUAUGUCAGGGAACUGCCAUCGGAGCUAGAGGCGGAGGGAAGGCUCCAGAGGGAUGCUGGAGAGGGUCCCAGUAGGGAGAGAGGCAGCCCGUCCACUGGGGAAGGAAAUCAGCGUAACACCAGUAAAGAAGGGGGGCAGAUGGGGGAAUCGGAGAGGAGGCUCCAAGACUCCUCGCCGAAGACCAGCGGAGAGAGUACGGGUCCUCCGCUGCCCACACCCUCCCUGCGCAGAAGGCUUCCGCGCAGAGAGUCUAGGCGGAGACUAGGCGUCAAAGAACUUUUGUGCUGGAAGAAGUUUAAGAAACACCCACUGACGGAUUCUGCCAGUGACUGAGACAGUCACGAUGCUAGAGGCUGUUCAGUCAGAAAGGGUUUAACCAGGUAACCUAGCCAGGAGUGGCGGCAACUUACGCACGAGCAACACCUAAAUCCAUUACAGCCUAGUAUAGAGUUUGGGCCUCCAAGCAUUUUAACUUCCUCAUAAAAAUCUGAAGCAAGUUCCUAGGCCUCUUGACAAGGAAAGGAAAGGUUUUAACAUGUUACAGGCAUCAUCUGCUGAAGCUCAGAGAUAUAAGGUGGAGUUUUGAGUGCGAUCUGCCUGCCCAGUGCAAAUCAUUUUCUUUCUGCGUAAUUCUAAUUCCCUGCCCACUUCUCUCUUUCCUUCUCUCCUCAGCCCUUUUAAAAUAGGUUGUUCCAUCCCAAAAUCUGCGUGCACGCACAAAUAUUCAGGAUUUUGCUCCAAACAAUACUAUGCUUAGGCUCUAAAAAUCUAUUCAUUAGCCUGAAGCCCAGCGUUUUGAAUUGGAGCUUUUGAACUGGGAACAAAGCUGAAAUAUUUCAAGUUUGCAUGUUGAAAUUCAAAACCCAUGCUGCAAUGGUUGCAUGUUACUGAGGGGAACUUGACUAGAUAAUGGGGAGGAGUCGCAUUUUACUGUGUGCAAGUCCGCACCUACCUGCAAUCGGCUAACCUGCUGCACAUAUAACACCUAUCCAGGUUUAUUUUGGCCGCUGGCUGAUUGAGGGAGGUCCGUAUGUUAUCCUCAUUGAUAUCGGGGCAACUGCCUGGAGCUUGGACCGUUGGAAGACAGAGCUCUGGGAAAGCUGCUCCAUCGGGAUUCCCUGGUACGACCGAGAGGCCAACGACGCCGUGCUCUUUGGCUUCCUCACAGCCUGGUUUAUGGGGGAGGUAAGAAAAUGCGCUUCUUCCACAUCAUAUCGGCUCCCUCCCUUUCCCUUCUCCUCUUUUCUCUGGAGAUGGAGGACUUACUGCCCUGCCAGAUGUUGUUGGACUCCAACUCCCAUUAGCUGCAGCUCACACGGCCAGUGGCCAGGGAUGACGGGGAGAUAUGGUCCCAACAACAUCCUCAGUGCACACACAGGCCUUACUCUCUGUCCGUGCCUUUUUCUACAGUUUGCUGCACAAUGUGAGGAGAAGCCUUUCAUCAUCGGCCAUUUCCACGAAUGGUUGUCUGGAGUCGGUCUCUUCCUCUGCCGAAUCCGGAAGCUUCCGGUGGCUACCAUCUUCACCACGCACGCCACCUUGCUUGGCCGAUACCUGUGUGCGGGCAGCGUGGACUUCUACAACAACCUGCAGAAAGUGAGUCUUGUGGAGGCCAGGAGGGAAAGGCGAUUGAGGCAGGGAGCUGUGGGGUUCGGAGGGGGCGAUGCUGAAACCUCUGGUUUUCUUCUUCUGCAAACCCCAGGCUGUCAUCGUAAGGCUCCUGGUCUGCUCUUAAAUAGCCCAGGAUUCAAGAAUCUUCCCCCUUGAACCCCUACUAGGUUCCUGGUUUGCCCCAGAAAUUCCCUGGUUCUCCGCUUCCUUACUCAAAAGUCACACAAUCCAGCUCUCAUAAUCUCACUCUCUUCUCAGAGGUCCAUCAUCCCCAAGGCCUUUUCAGUGAGUGUCCUAGUCAGAAAAAAAAUGUGCAGUCAUCGCACAAAAUCCAGACACUGUUCCUCAAGGCAGGGUCUGAGGAGAUCACAUUUUCUCCACCAUUCAAAACAGCGAUGUUUUCACUGCCAGGAAAACAUGAUUCUGCACCGCAGCCUGCGAAUACUUCUCUUAUUGUGGGUGCUGCGUGGAAUUUGUUUUGCUUGAGUACUUUCUGCCCUCUUCCGUUCCUAAGGCGUCGCAAUGCCAGGUCCCGUGGUUUUGGUUCAGUUUUGCUAUAUCACCUUCCUCUUUAGUUUAAUGUGGACAAGGAGGCUGGGGACCGGCAGAUCUACCACCGAUACUGCAUGGAGAGGGCUGCUGUCCACUGCACCCACGUCUUCACCACCGUCUCCCAGAUCACAGCCGUGGAAGCUGAACACCUGUUAAAGCGGAAGCCUGGUGAGUGGCAUUAGGCAGGGGUCCUCAGUCUUCAGAACUUAUUAUUAUAUCGCCCUUCAUCCAAAGAUCUCAGGGCAGUUUACACAAUAAAAAUACAGGAUAUAAUUAAAUAGUUAAAACAAAGCAGGUGACAUGCAACCAAUAGGGCAACCCCUCAACCUUUUUUUUAAAGCUCAGUUAAAAAUUGAGAGGGGUUGGGGGUUUUUUGGCAGGCACUGGUGUGUGUGUGUGUGUGUGUGUGUGUGUGUGUGUGUGUGUGUGUGUCUGAGUCUGAGGAUGCCAUAGUAACCAAAGGGGGUUGUGUCAGCACUGAUUGGCUGCACCCUCUUCCUUUUCCAGAGCUGUAAAUCACCUUUUCAGAAAGUGCAGAUUUAAAAAUAAAAAUAAACAGCAUGGAACAAACCUGAAACAUUGUCUUGUUGCUGUGACUCUUGUUUUUUUGGUACAUUUGUGGGUAGCUUUCGAGUGUUUGUCAGGUUACUGAUGAUCUUUAGAGAAAAAAAAUAAAAUUCUGCUUCUACCUUUUCUCUGCUUUGCUCUGUUCUUCACCCCCAACAUAUCCAGAUAUCGUGACUCCCAACGGACUGAAUGUCAAGAAAUUCUCUGCCAUGCAUGAAUUCCAGAACCUCCAUGCCCAGAGCAAAGCUCGUAUCCAGGAGUUUGUCCGAGGACACUUCUAUGGGUGAGUCUUUGUGGGCCCACUGCAAGGCCUGGCUUGGCUUUGCUUUGCCUUCUCAGUGCCUUGUCAGUCAGUUCAGUUGCCCCAGGAAGGUGAGUUUCUCUGGAUAGGAAAAGGAAGGAGGUAGUGGCGAUCAAUCUAGGGAGAAUGCAGUUGGGUUGAAAUCAUAGCUGUCAAUGUUUCCCUUUUUUUAAGGGAAAUUCCCUUAUUCCGAAUAGGAUUCCUUGCAAGAAAAGGGAAAAGUUGACAGCUAUGGUUGAAAUAUCAAAGUUUUUAUGGGGGGGGGGAGCGGAGCCGGAAACUACCCUUUGCCUCAUUUAUCCUCAUACGGUCUUAAUCCUUGUUAUACAGUAGUUCACAUUCAGAGAGGCAGGAAGUGGAAUUAGAGGGCUCUUCCUUUUUAAAAAAAGGGGGGCAAGUGCUCUCUCAGAAGUUUCAUUGGUGGCCUAAAAAUAUACAUUUUUUUUAAGUAUACCCCGCAUUUCACCAUGUGUCUCUAAAUGGCAUACAAAAAAAAAAAAGAGUACAGUAUGCAAAAUUUUAAACAUAGAUGAAAACUUCAGAGAGCAGAACAACAUCCAUGGUGCAAAGGCUUCCUGGAAUAAGACAGUUUUAACCUGGUGCCUGAAACAUAGCAGAGGCAGUGCCUGCCUGAUUCCUAAUGGGGAGGAAAUUCCACAGAGCUGGGCCUGCUACAUUGAGAGAAACCUCCAUUGGUCCCGUCCCCCCCAAUCUUGCUUUGUUCUUACCUGCCUUCUCAGUUAUUACAUCCUUGGGCACUUUCGUCUUCUUCCUUCCUUGCUUUUCUCCUUCACCUCCUCCUCCCUUUUUUCUUUCUUCCUUUUCUAAAUUACGUUGUAAGCCUGAAGGUAGAGCUUCCAUUGAUAGUUUUGUGAUUUUGAUCAUUUGAAUGGUGUCUAGUUUCCUAAAAUAGUAGUGGUAGUAGUAGUAAUAAUAAUAAUAAAUAAAGGCAAUUUAAUGAAUAAUACACCUUGGCUGAGUUCCAAAGAGCUACUAAGGCUCAUGUAAAGGUCUUCUACUAGUUUUGUGUUUGCGUAUGUGUGUGUACUUUUCUCCCUUUCAGCAGCUGACCUGUGCCCCCAAACACACAUACACUUGGAAGUUUCUCUCAUUUUAAAAGCACUUCCCCCUGCUGGAGGGUGAGGAGUGGCUGUUGUUUACAGGAUGCAGGUACUAAGAAGGAAGUCCUAUUGAACCUACUGGGGCUUGCCUUUGUGUAAACCUGCCUAGGUUUUUCUCCCUCUCUUAAAAUGCCCAGGGCCAUCCAGUGAAACUGAUGAGUGGUGGACAAUAACAGAAAGCAUUUUUUCACGAAGUGCCUUCUUAUUCUCUAGGCACCUGGACUUCAACCUCGACAAGACCAUUUUCUUCUUCAUUGCCGGGCGCUAUGAAUAUUCCAACAAAGGGGCUGAUAUUUUCUUGGAAGCUUUGGCCCGACUCAACUACCUGCUGAGGGUAAGCAGAAAAACAGGGGCUGAGGUGGGCAAUCCAGUAGGACGAGGUGGAGGGGGAGGGAUGUGGCUUGUAGGAUUUGGGCCUAGCUAUUACAUUAGUAACUGCUAGCCUUCAGCAUCAUUGACAGCAAAUACAAACCAUUGUUUUGUUUCUAAAUUUCUACCCCACCCUUCAUUGCAAAGGACAGCAAACAUCGAAAAGUGAAAACGAUACAAUUUAAAACAAAAUAAAUACUUAAAGCAUAUAAAAACUACCAAAAACAUGAAAAACAAUAACAUGCCCUUACAGUUGCUAAUUUCCCAGUUGCCAGGAACAGUAUCUCUCAGCCUGUUUUUUUCAGUUUCUCCUGAAUGUUUUUGAAUUUCUCCUGAAAACCAGUAAUGAUCAAGACAGAUGCACCACACUAGAGAGAGCAUUCCAUAAGCAGGGAACCUCCACCUCUUAGAAGACCCAGUCACGGGUCAACGUUAACCAGGCAUCAGUCAGAGGCAGCAUUUCCACAAGUUAUGACCUCUGACAGGCCUGCCUUGAAUGGAACCAUGCACUUUGAGGGGAAACUAUGAUCCCAGAAUGGCGUGGGGUGUGUGUACAAACAGGGGGAACAAAAGAGGAGUGUGCACUUCUGUUGGUGUGCCUGCUUUUGAGAAUUCUGGGAAGAAAAGUCAACCUUCUGGAAUUCCUUUCCAUAUUCACAAUUGUUGUGGAGAUGGGAGGCAGGGCUUUUCCCCCAGCCGGAUCUUUAUGGAACUCUGUUCCAGCACCUCUCAGGGGGGCGCCAUUGCCAUUAAUAAGAGAACAAGAGAGGCGUUUGUGGUGAGUUCCAGCACCUCUUUUUCUAGGACAGGGGUCUGCAACCUUUAAGACAAAAAGAGCCACUUGGACCGAAGAAAAAAAACCUGGGAGCCGCAAAACCAUUGUGACAUUUAAAACAGUGGGGAGUGUCGGGGCACACAAUGCGCCUCCUCCCCUCGCUAGUAUCCGCCCCGGAGCCGCGGCAAAGGUGUAAAAGAGCCACAUGCGGCUCCGGAGCCGCGGGUUGCUGACCCCUGUUCUAGGAAAAUAGCACUGAUGGGAGGUAAUGACAUAUGUGAGAGAAGCAGGUGAUACAGCUUGCCCCCCGUGUGGAGAAAGCAGGAAGCUCAAGCCAUGGGUGACCUACCCUAUUCGCCUUCUCUCCUCACAGGUCAACGGCAGCCAGACCACAGUGGUGGCCUUCUUCAUCAUGCCAGCCCGGACCAACAACUUCAACGUUGAGACUCUCAAAGGCCAGGCGGUCCGCAAGCAGCUGUGGUGAGUUCCCUUCGCACAGGACACCCAGAGGCUCCCUGAGGGGAUCAAGAGCCACAGUACACGUAACAUCCCCUGCUUCAGAAGCCGCUAGGCCUCUCUCUCCCUUUCCAAGAGGCAGAAGAGCCAGUGUGGCGUAGUGGUUAGUGCUGGCCUAGGACUGGAGGGACCCAGGUUCAAAUCUCCACACAGUCAUGAAACUCACUGGCUGGUCUUGGGCCAGUCUCAGGAGGGCUGCCACGUUUGAGGGGGCUGUGGGCAAAAUGUCUUCUGGGCCUCCACCACCACAUGCACGCCAUGCUGCUUCAGCCUGAUGCCUCCUCCAUUGCUGUGCUCCACUUUGUUCCCUCAGCUUACCAGGUGACAUCAGGAAGAUGUCUUCCUCCAUCUAAAUAUUCACUGCAGAGAUUUAGUGCUCACAAGCUCUGCUGUAAAUGAUAAAAAUUGUGGCGGCAAAAAAGGGCAUUGCUGUGAUGGAUGUGUGUCCUCGUAUGCUCCUUCUGAGUGCCUGACACCAGGCCUGCUUACUGCUGGGCCCCAGUUAUGUUCCCCAGUCCCGUCUUAAUGGUGCUGAUGAUCACUGUUUCUCUCAGUCUAACCUGCCGCACAGGGUUGUUGUAAGUAUGAAUGGGGGAGAAUCAUGGAGGCUGCAUGGAGCGCCUCAGGGGGAAGGCAGAAUUAUCAAAUACUAGAAUAAAUAAAAAUAUUGAAAUCCACCUUUGUUUUCCAGUCUGCUAGCCUUCACUGACAAAGUCUCACUCGAGGGGGAUCCCAUAGCCCCAGUGCUCUCCCUGUGUUUACCUCGUGGUCCUGAUUUCUGAUUCAGAAGCCUUCAGGAAUCCUGCCCUAAGUUCAUUAUUUUUCUCACUCUCUCCCUUUUGUUUUAAAUCUAGGGACACAGCCAAUGCGGUUAAGGAGAAAUUUGGCAAGAAGCUUUACGAAUCGCUGCUUGUGUAAGUGGGUCUCCUGUGAGAAGGCAAGAGGGAGGUGGGGAAGGGGCUCAACCCCCGAGAAUGGGCUGGGUUGCCAUGGCUGCAGAGGAUGAGGACUCGGGGUCUCCUCCCCACACUGUUCUUUGCCUUCUGCAUUUGAGAAACCUUGAUUCUGAUAUAGACAAAUAAUAUGGGGAGGUGAAGUUCCUCUCUUCUUUAUCCAUUCCCAUUAAGGUCUUCCUUACCUGUUCUUCUGCCUCAGGGGGAAUCUUCCUGACAUGAACAAAAUGCUGGACAAAGAAGAUUUCACUAUGAUGAAGAGAGCCAUCUUUGCUACCCAGGUAAUAGGGAAUUUUCAGAAAAGAAUAAGAAAUAAGGCCAUCAUGUGCGGAGGGGAGAGGAGAAGGAGCCAGAGGAGUUAGAGCAGAGGAUUCUAGGAAACCUGGCUCUUUAGUUAUUUGAGUUAAAAUGUUAGCUGAGCAGGAUGGUGGUGAUUGGAUCAGCAUUCCUGAAUUCACUGAGAGAAUUCAGCUGUAGCCCAAAACUUUAAGAGGACACCAGGCUGGAAAAGUCAUGAGGAAUAUCUUAGCCAAGCUAUAUCUUUUUUUGCUGUUGUUGUUAAGGUUUUUAUGGUUUUGAAUGACAUCUAUUAAUGCGUCUGGGCUUUUUCCCCCCGCUCCCCAACCAGCGCCAUUCUUUCCCCCCAGUCUGCACCCACAACAUGCUGGAUGAUUCCACCGACCCCAUCCUCAACACCAUCCGACGCAUUGGCCUCUUCAACAGCAGCGCUGACCGUGUCAAAGUAAGUGGCAGGAGGCUGGAUUACCUGCGAUAGUUUGCCAGGCUUGGGCCUUAAGGAGUUGCCAAGAGUUGAGGCGCUUGGCUGCCUUACAGGAAGGAAUAAACCUGGUUUCACCACAGUGAGGGUUAUCAGAAGCUUCAGUCUAUAAAGUCUGUGAAGUUGGGAAGAUGAAGAAAAUUCUUCCGCCACCUGCCAAGUGUCAGAUUUUCCCAAAUCAAACACGAAUACUUUUUUGUGUUGAUGGUGGGGAUUAUUUUAUUCUGCUGUGGCUUUCCUCUGAGCCUGACUGCUUAAUGGUGGUCCCUGAGGAGCUGACCUCACAUCCCUGUAAGGGCCCGGCCUUGUUUGUGAGUUAAUAAUAAUAAUAAUAAUAAUAAUUUUUUAUUUAUACCCCGCCCUCCCCAACCAAGGCUGGGCUCAGAGCGGCUUACAAGCAAUAAUAAAAACAAGUUGAAUGAUUACAACUUAAAAACAAAAUUAAAAUACAACAUUAAAAUAUUACAACAUUAAAAUAAAAUGUAGCCUCAACGCAGGAGGAGAAGGAAAGAAAAAAAGAAAGAGAGGGAGGGAAUCAAAUUGGCUCCAAGCCAAAGGCCAGGCGGAACAACUCUGUCUUACAGGCCCUGCGGAAAGAAAUCAGAUCCUGCAGGGCCCUGGUCUCAUGAGGCAGAGCGUUCCACCAGGCCGGAGCCAGAGUUGAAAAGGCCCUGGCUCUGGUUGAAGCCAAUCUAACUUCCUUAGGGCCCGGGACCACUAGGGUGUUGCUAUUUAUGGACCUUGAGGCUCUCCGUGGGGCAUACCGGGAGAAGCGGUCUCGUAGGUACGAGGGUCCUAGGCCAUGAAGGGCUUUAAAGGUCAAAAGCAGCACCUUAAAUCUGACCCUGUACUCUACCGGGAGCCAGUGCAGUUUGAAAAGCACUGGGUGAACAUGCUCCCAUGGCAGAGACCCCGUGAGGAGCCUCGCUGCUGCAUUCUGCACCCGCUGGAGUUUCUGGGACAGCUUCAAGGGCAGUCCCGCGUAGAGCGAAUUACAGUAGUCAAGCCUGGAGAUGACCAUCGCAUGGAUCACUGUGGCCAGGUCGGGAAUAGUUAGAAUUAAUUAGAAUUCCAUCCCUGGAAUAUAUAUGAACAGUUUUGUCUGCAGGGACAGGAUGUUGCGCAACUGAACUGCCAGCCACUGUGUCUUAUCUCUUCCUAGGUCAUCUUCCAUCCCGAAUUCCUGUCUUCCACUAGUCCUCUCCUUCCUGUCGAUUAUGAGGAGUUUGUUAGAGGCUGCCAUUUGGGGGUCUUCCCUUCGUACUAUGAGCCGUGGGGCUACACGCCAGGUAGGCUUCUUUGGGAGGGGGGCAAUCGGGAGAGUGAAGAAACCCUAAUGGUGCAAGGAUGGAACUCAAGUUCUGUGGUCAAAACCUGAUACUGCAAAUAUGGAUUACCUUUGAGGGGGGGGCUCUGCACGGUUACAAACAGCUUGUCCUCAUUGCUCUGAAGUGCUUAAUCUUGGCACUUAUCUUUUUUUAUUGCAACGAACAGUUUCACAACCAGGAAGAUAGAUAAUCAAAGGGCAGGGGGAGCAGCAAGCAUGCCAAGGAACAGGUUUGUGUAUAACUUGCCGUUCUUCCAUGGUGAAACUCAAGGCCACGUCUAUGAGGUUACCAGGCAGCCUCCUGUCCACGUGUUGACUGCAGCCAGACCUCCAUGGAGUUAAACAAAUGUGUUUGUUUUGCUGAACUUAUUCUGCUUCUGCUUGUCCUGAAGAGACGCAGAGCACCAUGCCGGGCAGUGAAACCUCAGUCCUUCUGAAAUAAUGCCAGUCAUUUCCUUAAAAAAACAGGAAAAAGCAAAGCGGAGGUUCUCUUUAUUCUGAAUUCUGCACCUUAAGACCCAUUUCUGCAUGUGUUCCCUUUGCCGUUCCUGGCUAUUGUAGGUUACAGUCUCCACCCAACAAACCACAGAGCCUUUCUCAAUCUUUUGUUUUUUUUCUUUCCACCCCCCCCCCAAAAAAACCCCCUCAAUUUUCUUUUUUUACUUCUGCAAAACUUGGGAUUCCCCAAGCAUGUUAAUAUCUCUCUCUUAUGUGUGGGUGGUGCUGUUUGGGCUACAUAAGGAUCAGCACUUCUUCCUCCCCACCAAAAAAACCCAGCAGUAGAUGGAUGUGGCAAACCAGAAAUUUUGUUUCUAUCAUGUCCUGAGCCUAAAAGGUAGAACCAUUAGAAGAUGCAUUACAAUGAAUUAGACUAGUGGCCCAUCUGACCCAGUUUACCCAACACUGACUGACAGCAGCUUUCCAUUGUGGCCCUUUGUGGAGAUCCCGGAGUCUGAAGCUUGGGCCUUUUUUGCAUUCAUAGUAGAUGCACUACCACUGAGCUACGACCUUUCCCCCAACAUGAAAAUUUACGAAGACUAUAACUGUUUUAAGUGUUUGGUUUAUUGUAUUUGCAGUGCCUGAUGUUUUUAUUGCUUUUCUUUUUGUUCCCUUUGUGAAUGAUGCCAUGGCCUUUGGCUAGUGCAAUAAAGUUUAUGAUGAUGAUGAUGUUUUAAGUGAGAGACGUGCAGCUUUUUCUGCAAGUCUGAAACCAGAUCUUGUGGACAAUUCUGAAGAGAAACCCCUUCAGGCUCGCUGCUACCAUCUCCAGCUUGUUAAUGUUACCAUAGGAAAAAGCGCAUUGGAGUUUUGCUGGUUCGGUUGGCUGACCACUUUCUGGAGCAGGUCCCAAAGACUUUUAAACUCCGAAAUCUUCUCUCUCUCUCUCUCUCUCUCUCUCUCUCUUCCCAGCUGAAUGCACUGUCAUGGGCAUCCCCAGCAUCUCCACCAACCUCUCUGGCUUUGGCUGCUUCAUGGAGGAACAUAUAGCGGAUCCAUCUGCCUACGGUUGGUGUUAUGAGCUGUGAACCAGCACAUUUGGGUGUGCUUAAACAGACAGGGUAGUACGGUAGCCCUAUGGGCCAAACCUCACCUAGAUACAAACACCAGAAAGCCUCACUGACUUAUCUGGGAAUGUGAUUUUAAUGUUUCAUAGAUAGAUAGAUAGAUAGAUAGAUAGAUAGAUAGAUAGAUUUUGUGUGUGUAUUACAAGGAGGUCAGGGCAGCAUGCAAGGUUCCCCAUGCACAAACUUAGACCUUAUCAUUGCAACAACCCUGUGAGGCAGGCUAAGCUGAGAAAGAACAAAUAGCCCACUUCACAGCUAAUUGUGGAUUUGAACGUGGGUCUCCCAGUCCCAACCACUAGCUCUACCCAAUACUACACCGAACUGGUUGUCCCUGUCUGACACUCAGAUUUUACCUGAAAUGGUAUUCAGGCAUUUCCUGAAAAGGAAGGAAAAAGUAACUACUGAGUUGUGGCGAAAGACUUUUGACUCAGGAUUCUGAAAACAUCUUUUAAGAAAAAAAGAGGAUUCAGCCAGACUGAGCGAAGGGUUGAGGGAACUGAGAGUUCUUUGGCCUUGAGAAAGGAAAUUCAUUGGGACCAGACGCAUUAGAGCAAAGGAUGCUGGGAGCCCAUGACCCGUGGCGUCUCAGGCUGAGGGACAGUAGGCCGAGGCUUCACACAUCAGUUGAGCUCCAGCAAUAUAGACUGAUCACAAAUUGCCAGUUCCGGGCAAAUAGGGCAGAGUACCACAGAGACGGCCGUGGGGUGGGAACGAGCAGAUUUGUAUUGUGUUUGUGUGCUUCAAAUGAUGACCAUUCAUUUGGGAACAGGAAGUUCAGGCCUGUGCUUCAGUUUGAUCCAUUCUUAGCUCUUCAUAUUGGAUUAGAGUGACGUGUGUCCUUUAACACUUUCUGAAUCUACCAGGGAUCUACAUCCUGGACCGACGUUUCCGGGCCUUGGACGAGUCGUGCACGCAGUUGACCUCUUUCCUCUACAGCUUCUGUCAGCAGACGCGGCGGCAACGCAUCAUCCAGCGAAACCGCACAGAGCGGCUCUCUGACCUCUUAGACUGGAAAUACCUGGGCAGGGUGAGCUUCCCCUGCAGCAGCGGGAGGGUGGACAUAUCGGGAAUGUUGGGAGAGCCAGGGCAGAUAAAGGAAAAAGCACUUCUUCGUGCAGCAUAUUGUUAAACUUUGGAACUCCCUCCUACAGGAGGCAGUGAUGGCUUUGAAAGAGGAUUGGACAGAUUCAGGAAGGACAAGCCUACUAACCACAAUGGCUUUGUUCUGCCUCAAUGGUCAGAGACAUUAUACCUCUGAAUACUGGGAAUCGCAGGUGGGCAGAGGGCUGCUGUGCCCAAGCCUCACCUUGCAGGCUUUCCACAGGCAUCUGGUUGGCCACAGUGAGAACAGGAUGCUGGACAAGAUGGCCAUUGGCCCAAUUUUGCAGACUCUUCUUCAUGUGUUGUUGUAUCUUACCCCACUGUGGCGAUCUCUCUUUCCUGCUCUUCCCUGGCAUUUCAGCAGCCUCCUUCGGUUCUCCACAUGCUGCAGCUCACCUCUUUGCCACCAGAGGGUGCUCAUUCCAAAGGUCAACUCUGGCCAUGUUUCCCAAAUGCCUCUCUUGAAACUUAACCCAGCCAUCAUUAUCGUGUUUUUUAACUUGCCUUCUGUGGCGCUUGCUGGAAGGGGAGACAAAAGCGAGGAAGGGUCAGGAGUAUUAACUUCUGCUGAGAACCAGACGUGGAACAGCCAAGGGCUGUGUGGCACAAGGGCCUUAGACUGCCUCUGUGAAUCUGCAGAGUGUCUUUCUCUUGCCACUGAGUCCCAACAACUGUGUCCUGGACAUCUGGAGAUAGGAUGAAGAAUGCCUGAGCCUCCAAACCUGUUACUUUAUAAAUGGCUUCCAGAUGAGUGUUUCUGAGGCCUAGUUCUCAUAGAGGUGGUUAAGCCCUGUGCCUGGUAUUUUGAUCUGGCGGUGGGGGGCUCUUGCACUCCUCCUUACAAAAACAUCUCCGCAUACAGAAAAUGAGUACAGGCGACUCUCAACUUAACGCAAGGGUUACCUUCCAGGAAUCACGUGUAAUGCCAAAGCGGCGCAUAUUAUGUGUGCAGUGGCAGGUGGGAUUGCCAAAAUCGUUUUCCCUGGAACCCCUCUUCCUUUCCCCUUUUUAAAAAAAAUUGUUUGCCACGUGCGUAGAGCUGAACACAUACACAUUAAAUGUUUGUACGUUUCAAGUUUCCUACAUAUGAUUUCAGCUUGGGUGUCAGUGGAAGAAAGUAAGUUGCAAGGGAGUAUAAUAAGGGAGCCUCUCUAAUGUCCCUUUUCCCCCUGUCUCCUUCCUCCCUUUGCAGUACUACAUGUAUGCCCGCCACAUGGCACUAGCAAAGGCAUUCCCUGACAACUUCACCUACGAGCCGCAUGAACCAACAGCGGUAAGGCACCACGUGGCCAAGGAGAGGGGUGGGGGAACAUAAGUCUGAUUUAUUUGGGGCUCUUUACCCCAGGAGGGGCAGGUACCACUUCCCUAGUGCACAAGGCCAUACUUCAGCGGUAGGCUUGGAUGCAGGGCUUUUCCCCCAGCCAGAAUUAAGUUCUAGCACCUCUCAGGUGAGCACCAUUGCCAUUAUAAGAGAACAAGGGAGGCGUUCAAGGCGAGUUCUGGCACUUCUUUUUCUGGAAAAAUAGCCCUGCUUUGUAUGUUUGUACAAGGUCUGGAAACCACAGGAGGGGAGUGCAUGUUUCCGACCACAAUUCAAAGUGUUGGUGCUGACCUUUAAAGCCCUAAAUGGCCUCAGUCCAGUAUACCUGAAGGAGCAUCUCCACCCACAUCUUUCAGCCCGGACACUGAGAUCCAGUGCCAAGGGCCUUCUGGUGGUUCCCUCGCUGUGAGAAGCCAAGUUACAGGGAACCAGACAGAGGGCCUUCUCAGUGGUGGCGCCCACCCUGUGGAACGCCCUCCCUUCAGAUGAGAAGGAAAUAAGCAGCUAUCUUAUCUUUAAAAGACAUCUGAAGGCAGCCCUGUUUAGGGAAGUUUUUAAUAUUUAAUGCUGUAUUGUUUUAACACUCGACUGGGAGCUGCCCAGAGUGGCUGCGGAAACUCAGCCAGAUGGGCAGGGUAUAAAUAAUAACUUAUUAUUGUAUAAGCUUGAAUCCUGUUUGCGGGUUUCCUCACAAGCAUUUGGUUGGCCCCUCUGAGAACAGGAUGCUGGCUUAUUUUAAUAAUGAUAAUAUGGAUGUCAUCUGUGUGCACAGCACUUGAGGGCAGGCUCCUGCAAAGAGCAGGCCGCCUAAUAUUUCUCAGGGGGAAGAAAUAUUCAUUCAGGUUACUUAGGCAGACCUGUGACAGGGCAGACUUCCCCACACUGGUCCCCUCCUGGUGGUUUGGACAAGACGCCCCAGGCAGUGGAGCCAAUGGUGAGGGGAGUUGUGGCCCAGCGACCCCAGAAGGCACCAGGCUGAGGAAGUCUGAGGCAGGGCAAAUUAACUAGAAAAUUGUGCGAAAAGCUUCAUGGAAAACGUGGGUAUUGAGGCAGGGUUCAAGGGAUUGCAGUCUGUGAGGGAGCUGGGGUGGAGUCACGUGAUUCCUUCUCUCUUGUGCCCUUUCUCAUGCCUCGUUUCUGUUUUGUUUCCCCGCCCCCCGCAGGCUGAGGGCUUCCGCUACCCCCGCCCGGCCUCGGUGCCGCCAUCCCCCUCCGUCUCCCGCCACUCCAGCCCCCACCACAGCGAGACAGAAGAGGACGACGAGCGCUACGACGAGGACGAAGAGGCGGAGAAGGACCGGCAGAACAUCAAGUCCCAGGCGCUGAUGGGCACCGUCCCCGAGUGGCGCAAGCGCUCCAAGAAGGGCUCCAGCGAAGCGAGCGUCUCCUCCACCGCCAGCACCCCAACCCCCAGCAGCCCCAGCGACCUCAGCAGCCCCACCAACUCCCUGAGCGAGGAGAGGAAUUAGCCGUGGGGGGGAGAGAGAGGGCCGGUUGCGCCCCGGCUCGCCCUCCCGCUCCUUUCCACACCUUGCCCCCCACCCCCAUAGGUCAGCUGUUCUCUGGUGCUGGAUUCUGAAACCGUCCUGGAGUGCAGUAGGGUUCUAGCAUGUUCCGGAACUGAGGAGGGUCUCGGGGCUGGCGCGUUUCUAACGCCAAUCUGUGUAAGGCUGUCUGCUCUGGAUUGGGUCGUUGUGGAAGUUGCCGGGAGGCGGUGGCGCCCGUGCUGUGGAACGGGCAAGGAAAUGGCUGCUCUAGACCACCAGGUGCAUCGUUCCUGUGUUCAGCUUGACCUAGAAUGUGAGGCGGCAUGUUCCCCCACCCCACAAGCGUGCCGCCAACUUUUUGGAAGGAGCUGUCAUGUUCGUGAGGGUCCUUCUCUGCUCAGGGGAGAGCUGCCCCUGGGACACAGGAGGGGUCGUCGUGGUUUUUGGUGCCCAUGGCUAAACCGGUGACUAGAUAGGUGCGGGGUCUAGAGAUGUAGCAACGUUGCCCCCAGAUGUGCCACUGACUCGGAAGAACUGCAGCCUUUUUUAAAAAAACGAAUGUUCGAGGACAUAGUCUUGUAAGUUCCUGAUCCUUUUUAUAAUAGUUGGUUGGGUGCGGUGUGUGUGUGUGACUUAGCAAAGUUCUGGAACUUUAACUUGAGGAGGCCAGAAGUAUUUUUAAAAGCCAUUGGCCCUCUCUGCUCAAGAGUGCUGUUUAUCAGGAGAGAGGCGGGCUUUCCCACUACAAUGCAUUUUGAAUAAAUUGGGUGUGUAUCUUAUCUGCUUUCUGGUUUUGUUUUUCCCAAGGAAUUUGUGAAGCCCUUCAAAAGGAAGGCCCUAGUAUAUGAGAGGCAGGAAUUCUGGACCUUUUGGGAAACGAAGCUGUCGGGAGAGAUCCUAAAGGGUGGUGUAGUCCACAUGUUGCAGGAUGUGUCUGGCUCCGGGGGUAUUAUUGCCUUCGUUUCUAAAGCGAUCAAGGGAGAGGAGUAGGUGCGCAGCAUUCUAGGGUGGAAGAAAUCUAGAACUCAUUUUGUGGUAUAAAACACUCUUAAGUGGCUGUGCUCUGGAGUGGAAUAGGAGAACUGACCAGAGGUUUCUUCCUAGGGUGGCUGAAAGGGAUGUUUUCUUUCUGAAGCCAUAUUCAUAGCCCAGGAACUGUUUCUCCUAGUGGACACUCAACAUUCUGGGACAAUUAUAAGUGCAAUAUUAUUCAUUCUGUGUGAUUUUUUUUAAAAGUACCAUGUUGACCUUAGUGAGGGGGAAGGGCACAGCGGGUGAGCCAACUGCCUGCUUACAAAGGACGGUGGAAUGAGAGUAGUCUUACAUUUCUCUUGCUUCAGGAAUGCAGUCUUAAAGCCAUCGCCCCUUCUGUAGAGGAUGCCUGGCAUACACCCUUGUAGAAGGGCAAGCAGUUCUGAGUGGCGAUUGUUUCUAGGGGAAGGUUUAGAAGGUUGCGCACUUUGAAACACGCAUGUUCUUUAAUGGCCCUAAGAGCCCCAGCGUGAGAGGCUCUGAGAAGAUAGGCAAGCUGCUGGCAUUGUAGGGUGCGCUUUGGUUGUAGCCCCCAGCUGCUCUUCAUAGGGUGACCCUGCUGUCUAUAAUAUGUGGAGAGAAGUCCUGCCCCCCCCAUGGCUGUCAUAUUGGGGGUCUUGAAGACAGGACGUAGCCGUUGAGAUCAGAGCAUGCUAUGACAUUCUGGGCCGCUGUGUUGCAAACUCUGAGCCUGGGGUGGCAGUGAUGAUGCAGGAGGGCUGCAUGUCCAAAGCAGGUUCCCGAUUUGUUCAGAGCAGCAGAGGGAAUGCUUCUGAAAGGCUGUAAGACAUUUAACUGUAGUUGGCACGGGGAUAUUCUGUCCAGCACAAGAGAGACUACCUCGUGGGUACAGCAAAAUGCCAACACACACAAGAGUCACUUCAGUUCUGCAUCUGCUGCCAACUUUGGCAACAAGGAAGGAAAAUCACUUUUUACAAAACCUCUUUCCCUGUGGCCUAGGUAAUUUAUACCCCCCCCCGAUUGUGCCCCCUGUUCCUAUGGACUGCCUGACCUCCUAUGCUUGGAUCAUGAGCCAGUUCUCCCCUUCUCACCAACUCUACUUACUGAGAAGGGACUCCCUUUGGUUGAAGGUCCCUCAUGAGCCAACACCCUUUUAUCCAGUCUCUUCCACCCCCCGAAGAAAACCCUAGAGAUUUUAUUUAUGGUUGUUGAAAUAUGCUUGAGGUUUUUGUUUUUGGUCUCUUGUCUCUCCCCCUCCCACUCCCCCUGGUGUGGAGAAUCAAUUCUAAAGAACAAAAGCUGCUUGCGAGACACAACUCAAAUAUUUAAAGAAUAAAUUUUGCUUUGAAAAAG